CCCUCCCUCCCUCCCAGCAUCAGGCGAGGCAGAGAGGGAAGCGCUGCGGGAAUUUCGCACCCCGCGGGCAGCCGAGGGAGCUGGAGUGGAAACAGGUUGUUGGGAUCGCGCCGUGGGAGGGAAGCUCUGGCUCCGAGCGCCAGCUCAGCCGAGUCUGGGCUCUGGGAGACGGAGACGGAGCUGCUGCUGUUCCAGCCGGCGAUGCGCUGAGCGAGAUGGACAGCGAUUCCCUGCCGAGAUCGCCUCUUCCCGGGAAGCUGAGCCGCUUCCCGAGCUCCUGAAGUUCCAGCGGUCGCCAGCUCAGCCUGGGGUUACACAAGUUCCACCUGCACCAGUCCCGGCUGGCGGGGAUCAGGCAGGUGAUUCUUUCUCUUUUUUUUUGCUCCUCUGCUCGUGCGUGAACGCUGAACACCAAAAAGUCUGCCCGAAGGCCCUGGAGAGCUUGGGAAAAGCCACGGUGGAGAGUUGUGGUGUUUUGGAUAUAUUUGGCUCGAAGUGCUCGCACCUCUGCUCGAGGGACUCGUAUGGCUUGAAGGGCGGAGCCGGAGCCUGGCACUCUGACCUCCAUGGAUCCCCUAAACCUCUCCUGGUACGAGGGUGACAUCGGUGACAGGAACUGGAGCAGGGCCCUCAACGCCUCCCAGGCUGAGCAGAAGCCCCAGUACAACUACUAUGCCAUGCUGCUCACCCUGCUCAUCUUCGUCAUCGUCUUCGGCAACGUGCUGGUGUGCAUGGCCGUGUCCCGGGAGCGAGCCCUGCAGACCACCACCAACUACCUGAUCGUCAGCCUGGCCGUGGCAGACCUGCUGCUGGCCACCCUGGUCAUGCCCUGGGUGGUCUACCUGGAGGUGGUUGGUGAGUGGAGGUUCAGUCGGAUCCACUGUGACAUCUUUGUGACCCUGGAUGUCAUGAUGUGCACUGCCAGCAUCCUCAACCUCUGUGCCAUCAGCAUAGACAGGUACACAGCAGUGGCCAUGCCCAUGCUCUACAACACCCGCUACAGCUCCAAGCGCAGGGUCACCCUCAUGAUCGCCGUGGUCUGGGUGCUCUCCUUUGCCAUCUCCUGCCCGCUCCUCUUCGGCCUCAACAACACAGAUGCCAACGAGUGCAUCAUUGCCAACCCUGCCUUCGUGGUGUACUCCUCCAUCGUGUCCUUCUACGUGCCCUUCAUCGUCACCCUGCUGGUCUAUGUCCAGAUCUACCUCGUGCUGCGGCGCCGCAGGAAGCGCGUCACCACCAAGCGCAGCAGCCACGUCCUGGACUCGGACACACAGGCCCCCCUGAAGGAGGCAGAGAGCCACAUGGAGGAGAUGGAGAUGGUGUCCAGCACCAGCCCCCCCGAGAAAACCACCUUCAAACCCGCAGCACCCAGUAACCACCAGCUGGUCGUGCCAGUUGCCCCCAACAGGGGCAACAACUCCACCCUGCAGACAUCCCUGAACAGCCCUGGGAGAGUGGAGAAGAAUGGCCAUGCCAAAGAAACCCACCACACAGCCAAGGUCUUCGAGAUCCACUCCCUGCCCAACGGCAAGACGAGGAACUUCCUCAAGGCUGUGACCAGGAGGAAACUGUCCCAGCAGAAGGAGAAAAAGGCCACCCAGAUGCUGGCCAUCGUCCUUGGUGUUUUCAUCAUCUGCUGGCUCCCCUUCUUCAUCACCCACAUCCUGAACAUGCACUGCGAUUGCAGCAUCCCCCCGGCCAUGUACAGCGCCUUCACAUGGCUGGGCUACGUCAACAGCGCUGUCAACCCCAUUAUCUACACCACCUUCAACGUCGAGUUUCGCAAGGCUUUCAUGAAGAUCCUCCACUGCUAAGAGUC